UUUUGGGGUUUGUAAACUGCGUUAGAACUUUUUGUGGUCAAACAAGUGCUACAAACACGCUUCUAGAGUUGCCUCUGCAGAGUUUUUAGAGGGCAGGAAAUCAGCAGGAAAGGUGGCAGAGAGAGAGAGAGAAUGAGAGAGAGAGAGAAAGAGAGAGGUGAAGAAGAUCUUUGAUCUCCUGGUCUGCAAGGAUCUGUCUCCGUCUAAACAAAUGUGGAUUAACUCUACAGUGUGAUGAGGAAGCCCUUUCCCUCCCUUUCAAAUUGUGGGAACCAAGGAGAAGCUGGUUUCUUCCACCCUGACUAAAAACAUUAUGGGUUGCUGCUACAGUUUAGACUAUGACGAUGAUUGGGCUGUGGGCACUGAGAUUUGUGAGGUGUGUCACUACCCUAUUGAUCCAGCCACCAAGCCUCAGAGACCCACUUUAAAUGGCUCCGAGUUGCACACUCCUCUGUUGUCGUCUGAAGGGAUUCCUCCUCCUAGUUCACCCCUUCAAGAUAAACUGGUGGUUGCACUGUAUGAUUAUGAAUCAACUCACGAUGGAGAUCUGCUGCUUCGGACCGGAGAACAGCUGCGGAUAGUAGAAGAGACAGGGGAAUGGUGGAAGGCUCAGUCGCUCACCACGGGGCAAGUGGGCUACAUCCCGUGCAACUUCGUCGCCAAGCUGAACACGCUGGAGCAGGAGCUUUGGUUUUUCAAAGCCCUCAGCAGGAAGGAUGCUGAGCGCCGCCUUCUCACUGCUGGCAACACACAUGGUGCUUUCCUCAUUCGUGAGAGCGAAUCCACCAAAGGUUCCUUCUCCCUCUCUGUGCGAGACUUUGACCAGAACCAGGGAGAAGUUGUGAAGCACUAUAAGAUACGAAAUAUGGACAACGGCGGGUUCUACAUCUCCCCUCGUAUCACCUUCGACAGCUUGCAUAGCCUGGUGGAACAUUAUAUGAACAACACAGAUGGGCUCUGCACCCGCCUUGGCAAACCCUGCCAAACUCAGAAGCCACAGAAACCCUGGUGGCAGGAUGAGUGGGAAGUGCCCCGGGAGAGCCUGAAGCUGGUGGAGAAACUGGGAGCGGGGCAGUUUGGUGAAGUUUGGAUGGGCUAUUAUAAUGGCCACACAAAAGUGGCCAUCAAGAGUCUGAAGCAGGGCAGCAUGUCGCCCGAGGCCUUCCUGGCUGAAGCCAACCUGAUGAAGAAGCUGCGCCAUGCGCGCCUGGUGAGGCUCUACGCGGUGGUGACUCAGAAGCCCAUGUUCAUCAUCACAGAGUAUAUGGAGAAAGGAAACCUGGUAGAUUUUCUCAAAGCUGCUGAAGGCACUAAUUUAACAAUUUAUAAACUGCUAGACAUGUCAGCACAGAUAGCCGAAGGAAUGGCCUUCCUGGAGAAGAAAAAUUACAUCCACCGUGACCUGCGAGCGGCCAAUAUCUUGGUGUCCGAGACCCUCUGCUGCAAGAUUGCAGAUUUUGGCCUGGCCCGCCUUAUGGAGGACGACGAAUACACAGCUCAGGAGGGAGCAAAGUUCCCAAUUAAGUGGACAGCCCCGGAGGCCAUCAACUAUGGAACGUUCACCAUCAAAUCAGAUGUCUGGUCAUUUGGGAUUCUACUGACCGAGAUCAUCACUUAUGGCCGGAUCCCUUACCCAGGGAUGAGCAAUCCAGAAGUCAUCCAAAACCUGGAGCGGGGCUACCGGAUGCCGCAGCCGGAGAACUGCCCGGAGGAGCUGUUCAAACUGAUGCUGCAGUGCUGGCGGGAAAGCCCAGAGCAGCGGCCCACCUUCGAGUUCCUGAAGGGGGUCCUGGAGGACUUUUUCACUGCCACAGAAGGACAGUACGAGCAGCAGGUGUGAGGAUGGCUUCAAGCAAGGGUCCUGCACCAUGGGACGACCAGAUGCUCCAGGACCAGGAAGGAGACGCUCUUGAGUUCCCCCAAUGCAAGAUGGCGGGGGGGGGGGGCAGGAUGCGGUAGAAGGCGUUUUAGGACCACAGUGACUUCCUGAGGGCUCCACGCCCAACUCUUGAUGAACUUCCACCUGUUUUCAAAAGGAAAACUGAUGUUCAAAGGGGCCCAGGUGGC